CGACCUGGGCUAACAAGCCCUCAAAGCAUAUCAAUGCGAUAACGUACUAUCAGUAAACCCGUAUACCUGACAAUGCUCUAGCUUCAAGUCUUGCGCAUGGCUGAACUGAGCCUUCACCGCAGCACCGCGCAGAUAGAAGCCCGCGCAGAUGGCGCAACAAUCCAACGAACAGCUCGCUCGCUCCCUAAUAGACCCCAACAAGCGGGAGGUGCUCUGGCCCGUCGUCUUCGCGGGAGUGAAGAACGUGGUCCGGGCAAACAACCUAAACAAUGACACGCUAACGUGUAUCAAAGGAUGGCUCAAGGCAACGGACAGCCAACUGCUCAUUCCGCUGCUCGGCUUGACGGUGCUGCACACCAUGUCGCUCAACAGCAGUGUCAUUGUGCGGAACCAGAUGGCGGCCCCAAAGCUAUUUCAUCGGCUUGAGAAGCAGCUGGCGAAGCCGCAGGGCCCACAGGUUGCCUCAGCCCUCAUCCAGGUGCUGGUCGACUGGGCGCACCUUUUCGGGCACGAGGAGCUGGGCGCGCGCAGCCGGGCGGUGCUGCAGAGCCCUCGCUACUCGGCCAUGGCCUCCAGCUGCAGCCCCUCGCCCGCGGUGCUGUGCAUGGGCGAGGAGAUGCGGCUGGGCAUUCCGCCCGUGGCGCCCAUACGGGGGGAGGACUUCAUCCGCUGGCUGUACCGCGGAGCGAGCCUGGACGGCGCCUGCGGCACCGCCGCAUUGGGUCUGGCGGGCGUGGCUCCGGGCCUGCCGCCACAGCAGCUGGCGGCGGCGAUGGGGCUGCCAGGCGGCGCGCCGCCGCCCAUUGCGUCGUACGCGGUCCAGCCGCUGUGUGCGCGCAUGUCCGCGGACGCCGCCCGCCUUAUGGCCUGUGUGGCGGCGUGUCGGGCGGCGGCGCGCUCCACGCCGCCGCGGCCGGCGGGCGAGCUGUCGGCGGCGCUGGAUGCGGGGUACCGCGAGGCGGAGCGGUGCAGCCAGUGGCGGCGGCGGGUGCAGGACUUCACUCAGCGCUCUGACGACCCUGCCGCCAUGGCGGGGGUGCUGUCGGCCACUGACAUCAUCAAUGGCGCGCUGCAGGCCUGGCAACACUUCACAAGCCUGGAGGUGUACCAUUCCAUGCGGAUAGUGGUGCCGCCCAUGCCGCCCGAACCCGUGGGUUCGUCCUCAGCAGCCUCCGCCGCCGCCGCGGGCCCCCGGCGGCCUCCUGGUGUGGGGCCGUCCAUCGACGACUUGCUCGGCAUGGGCAGCGGCGGCGUCGGGGCGGCGGCGGCGGCGCGGCCCGUGGCGGCGGCGGCUGCGGCGGCGGCGCCAGCAGUGGCCUCGCCUUUCGAUCCGUUUGGUGUGGGGCCGGUAGCGCAGCCUGCCAGCGGCAGCAGCAGCUCUGCCGGGUUCGCAAGCAACCCUUUCGCGGCGGCAUCAGCAUCACUGGGCAGCGGCGGCGCGGCGGGCGGGGCGGCGGCGGCGGCAACGGGACUAGGCGCCGGCGCGGGCGCGCCGGUUGCAGGAGUGGCGGCAGUAGCAGGGACGGCCGCGAUGGUGGCGGCAAUGGGAUCGGCCGCAGUGCGCACGCCCAGCACGCACCGGGCGAACCCCAGCUUGGCGGAUUGGGACCCGUUCGGAGAGCCCGCGUUCCCACAGGCUGCCGCUUCCGGCGGCGCCGCCACCGCCGCCGCUGCCACGGCCGCCGCCGCGGCGCACGUGCCGCAUCUACAGCCGCACCCAUUCACGGCAACAGCCGCCUCGAAUCUAGGGCCAGCAGCCGGGGCGGCGGCGCAGCCGCCGGCCUCGCUGACGCUGCCGGCGGCGGCAUCUGGGGCCGGGUCCUCCUUCUCCCGCCACAGCGCCGCCAGCGCCAGCUGGGCUCUGUUUGGAGACGACGUCGCAACGCCCACGCCGGAAUCCGGAGCCGGCGGCGGCGGCGGCGGCGGCGCCACCCGCCCGGGGUCGCUUAGUAACGCCGCCGCCGCCGUCGCCGCCGUCUCGAGCAUGCCGUACAGUCCUGCGGUGUCGUACGUGUCGCACACGUCGGCGUCGCACGCCAGCGGCGUGCUGCCGUCGCCGGCUGCGUCCGUGGCGUCGGUGACGUCGACUCCCACGGGGGGUCACGGCGGCGGCGGCGGCGGCGGUGCCUUCUCGGCAGCGGCGCUCGGGGCGGCAGGGGCUGCGGGUGCAGGCAGUGGUGGCGGCGUCGGCAGCGGCGGGUAUUCGCCGCCGCCACAGAUGGCGGGCCUUGGUGACGGGCCUGCAGCAGGGAGUGCAGCGGCAGCGACGUCAACGUCGACGUCGAUGCUAGCGGCGACAGCGGCAGCUGGGCAGCUGCCACGUGCCGCCGCAGCCGCCGCCGCCGCCACGCCGCAGCCGCCCAGCACGGCGCCGCCAGCCAGCGGCGCGCGGCCGCAGGCCGGCGGAGCGCCCGCUGCCAGUUCUGCAGCCGCAGCGGCGGCGGGUGUUGGUGCGGGUGCGGGUCCGGGUGCGGGUGCGGGUGCGAGCACAGCAUCGGGACAGCCGCUGGGCGCAUCGGCGUCGGUGCCGGCGCACGCCAACGGCCACCACGCAGCAGGCGCGACGGCGGCGGGGGCGGAGGCAGCAGCAGGCGGGGCCGCGGCGUUGGCCCGCAGCGCCACCAGUCCCCUGCACACCACCUCUACGGGGUCAGCGGCAACACCCGCGGCACCGGCGGCAGCACCUGCCGCCACCUCCACCUCUAGGCCUGCUGCUGCUGCGGGUGCGGGUGCGGGUGCCGCGGGUGCUGGUGCGUUGGACUGGCGGCCGGAGUUUGAGCGGCUGGCGGCGGACCUGCGAGCGCUGGCAGGGCCGGCAGCAGCAGCGGGCAGCGCCGGGCAGCAGCAGGCGACUAAGCAGGAUACAAGAGCGGAGGGAGGCGGCGAAGGUGCAGGGCGGGGCGGGGGCGGGGGUGGGGGCGGCGGGGGCUUGCAGCUGCCGGCGGUGUUGGCGCGUGUGCAGGCGUUGUGCGAGGCGCUGGCGGCCGCACAUGCGCAGCAGCUGGCGGCGGUGCAGUCGGCGCACGUGAGCGAGGUGCGGGAGGUCAAGUGCGCCGCGAUUGCGAGGCUGCGCGAGCUUUCCCAGCAGUCGCAGCAGCACCCGCCACAACAGGUGCCGCAGGUGCCGCAGCAGGUAUCGCACGCGGCGGGUGGCAAUGGAGCGGGCGGGAUGCAGGCAGCUGCAGCUGGUGGAGGCGGCGGUAAUGGAGGCGGUAAUGGUGGCGGUGGUGGUGGAGGCGGCGGAGGCGCCGGCGGGCCGACCAUUGUGGGGCCGCUGACGCAGGGCCUGUCGCACAACCAGCAAUUCCUGGCGCAGCACCUGCAGCAGCAGCAGCAGCAACUCGCGGGUGUGGGGCAGGGGGCGGGAGCUGCGGCAGCAGGUGCAGGAGCGGUUGGCGCAGGGUGGCAGCAGGACGCGGCGGCGGGCAGGGGCGCGGCGAACGGGGGCCUGCCGCAGCAGGCGGGCGGCGGUGGGGCGGGCACAGCAGCGGGCGCGGCGGUGCGCGCGGCGGGGAUAACCAACUUCUCGUUGAUCUGAUGUGGCUGCCUGUGAGUUACUGAUGUCGGCUGGGCUCCUGCAGAUUGUAGAGCUGCGCUGCUGAUGGGGCUGCUGUUGAGCGCAGGGUAGAUGUCCAUUCUGGUGCAUGUAAACUUAGGACGCGGACCGAAUACGCCGACCGGAUGCUGCCACUGGGCAUACACACGCACAUACCGUACACACAGGCAGUGCUGGGUGGGCAGCUGUCGUACGUGGGCAAUGUGGGCCCAACGCACGUGCUGGCCCCGGAGGUGCACAGCUUGUGUGUGUGUGUGAUGCCGCUACCGCCGUGCCUUGCGUUUGGCCCGGGGUGGGGGGGGGUUGUAAAUACCAGCCCAA